AUGGUCGUUAACAAUCCAAACAACUGGCACUGGGUCGAUAAAAACUGUCUCGAGUGGUCUCGUGGCUACUUUGCCUCCAAAACCAAUGGUUUGAGUGCAUCCAAUGACAAUGGAAAUAUUGCCGUUUCAGCGGUUUCUUCUGUGGAGGGAGACUGUGAUGUUUCCCAGAGAAAAGGAAAGGUUAUAUCUCUUUUUGACCUUAAAUUGGUGUUUGCUAUUGCUGGUUUCACUGCCGAGGAUGAUGAGGUUUCUGGCUCGAUAACAGUUCCAGAAUUGGCUUACGAUUCCGACGCCGACGACAUCCAGUUUGAAGUGAGCAUCUACAACGAAACAGCAGAACACGAGGGGAUUCGCCAGUUGAUUAAAAAGGAACUUCUUCCCAAAUUACGUGAAAAAUUGGCUCAAUUCGGUUCUGACUUGAUCACAGAACACAGUUCAGAUAUCCAAUUGUCGCAGGACCAAGUCAGCCUGGAGUUCACCAAGGCUAACCAGACUCUGAAGAGCACAGGUAAGGCUACUGGUAAGACUGGAAGCUCAGGUUCGGGAGCUGCUGGAGCUGGUUCUGGUUCUGGUUCUGGUUCUACUUCAGCUUCAGCUUCAAAACCUCAAACCGAAACCAAGUCUUCUGUGCCAAAGUACAACACAUCUACACUCCACUUGGAACCCGAGUUCAAUACUCUGGCCGAGCAGCUUUACAUUACACUUUUGGACCAGGCUCGUAUUGCAGCAUGGUCAAGGGCUGCCCCCAAUCUUGAACCAUUUCCGCCUAGCGAAGGGUCUGACUUUUCGUUAUUUGGCGGCUCAAUUAGUGGAAAAUUCACCAAACUCGUACCCAAUGAACGCAUCACUCAGCUAUGGCGCUUACUGGACUGGAAAGAUGGCCAUUAUGCCCAAUUGGAUAUUCAAUUGAAGCAGGGUUCAGGUGAAACGAAAAUGGUAGUUAAAUGGACUGGAAUUCCUAUAGGAGAGGAGGAUAGAGUGAGAAACAAUUUUGAGGAUUACUACGUGCGGUCGAUUAAAAUCACGUUUGGAUUUGGAGCCGUGUUAUAG